AUGAUUAAAAUUAACUUGAAAGAGAAGGAAAAGAAUGGAUCAGAUUCGGGAGUGUGUGAUAUGAAGGAUCUUUCAAAGAGUAGUAUAGCUGCUGUCAGAAGUCUGACAAUCAUAGAUAUGUCGAACAAUAACAUUAUUGGUUUGACAAAAAAAUUUGCUCCUUUCUUCUACUGUCUAGUUAAACUCGAUAUUAGUCAAAAUAACUUACUAAGUUUACCGGAUAAUUUUGGUGCAUUGAGGGCAUUGCGCGAACUGGAUUUACAUAACAACGAGCUCCAGCAUCUACCGCUCAGUCUCAGCAAAUGCACGUUUUUAAAAUGGUUAGAUCUCAGAAAUAAUCCUCUAGUUCCCUCCUUAACUGAGAGAGCAGGACCUUGUCUAGACAAGAAGCAAUGCCAUUCGUGCGCCAAAAAAAUUGUUGAAUUUUUAACAAAUAUACAAGCACAAUUAGACAAAGAAGUGGAGAUGCGCAAUACCCAGCUGCAGAAUAGAAGGGAGCAUCAAAUUAAUAUGAGACAAGCUGCAAUAGCAGAUAAGAAACAAACAGAUUGUCAAGUAAGACAAUUCAGGAUUAAGAACAAAAAAAAUGCUAGUCGAAGAAGAAGAGCCAAGAAAAAUGCUCCGAAAAAAAUGUCAUGUUUAUCUAUCGUGUGUUUCUCUUUGUUGGCCGUUACAUUAGUAAGUUCUUUAGCAGGGAUAUUAUUAUAUAAUUAUGACAAGCCCAAAUACGAAGCCGCCCUAAACUAUCUAGAACGCGCCUGGUAUUCCUCUAAAACAAUAUUGACAAUGACAGAUGUUCAAGACUUUGCAAGUUCGGUUUCAAAAUCCGGGUAUGUUCUUCUCUCCAAUGUACAAGCUGCAUACAACCUAGCAUUCGCAAAUGUCUACAAUUUAUAUUCUACGUAUUUGAGUGAACAUUUCUCCCAAAUUGGAAGAGCGAUCUAUCAUGCCUGGGAGUAUUGUUCCAAAUUGAUAAUGGAAUUUUUCUAA